AUGCCCAAGGAGCCACAUGCCAAGCCAUCCAAAGUCGCAAAGAAGAAAAAGAUAAGACCAGGCGAUCCCAUUCCACCACCACCUGACAAGCCAGGUCAAUGUCACUUUUGGAUUCCAUACAAGGGAAAAUAUUGCAGCCUACUAGCCAAGAAGACCAACAAGUAUUGUGGCGAGCAUUUGAGCCAUGACCUUGAUUCAACAUCCAACCGCCGUAUUCCUUGUCCAUAUGAUCCUUCACACACAGUGUAUGAAAAGGUUUUGGAGGAACAUUUGAAGAGCCGAUGCAAUGCCCGUCCACGUGCUCCCGAACAGUAUCACGCACUCAAUGUCAAUUGCUCCCUUCCACUAUCGACCGAGGAACUCGAGUUUCAAAAGACCAUUUAUUCACACAAGAAUAUGCAUCCACAACCUUGGCUUGUACGCGUUCAGCUAUCCGAGCUUGCAAAGGAGGAUUUGGAUACCAUUAUCGACAAGACCCAAAAGACAUAUCACCAGGAAUUGCCUUCGCCCAUUCAAACGAUGGUGUUGAAAAAUGACACAGCUGAAAGCAAAAGAGAGCAAGUGAAGCGAACCAAACAUCUUGACCAACAGUCAUCUUUACUUGGACAUAUGGAGCGAUGUGGCAUGUUGGAUGACAAGAGUGCAUGUUUUAUUGAAUUUGGUGCUGGUAAAGGUGAGACUUCUCAUUACCUAAAGAAUGCUCUGGGUGAGGUGAAUGGUGAAGCGACCUAUGUUUUGGUGGAUCGAAAACUGGUGCGAAACAAGGUGGAUAAUGCUUUAUUGGGCCAUUCAGAGAAAAAGUCGACUGUGCAACGGAUUACGAUUGAUAUCAAGGAUUUGGAAUUGUCUCGAGUACAAGCAUUAUCCGACGACAAAGGACAACGUAAACCGGUGGUGGCCUUUUCCAAGCAUUUGUGUGGCAGUGCAACCGAUAUCACCCUAAAGUGCUUGAUGAAUUAUGUCGAAAAAGAACGAGCCAAUGGUAACAAGACACCUAUAUCCGGGAUUAUCAUUGCACUUUGUUGCCAUCAGCUUUGUCGCUAUGAAAUGUAUCCCAACACCCCCUACUUGACAACAAGCGGAUUUGAAAAGAUCGACUUUGCCAGAUUAUGCAAGAUGAGCAGUUGGGCUAUAUGCGGUUUACCUGAUAAGAAUGGUGAAAACUCUACGCAAGAUGGUGGUGAUGACCAUGCAUGCAUAGCAGGAGAAGAAGGCGAUGCUGAUGCAAGCACGAAUCAUUACUCAGGUCGUGAUCAUCAAGAACGAGAGGAUAUUGGUUUUCAAUGCAAACGAGUGAUUGAUAUUGGGCGUGUGCGAUAUCUAGAGGAACAUGGUUUCAAAGCAGAGCUUGUAUAUUAUGUGGAUAGAUCAACUAGCUUAGAGAAUUGUGCAUUGAUUGCCGUUCCUGAUACUCAAUAA